CAUUGCCCAGAUGGGUUUGAAUGUAGGAAGGCAGGAAGGAACCCUAACUACGGUUACACCAGCUUCGACAGCUUCGGUUGGGCGUUUCUCUCCCUCUUCCGGCUGAUGACACAAGACUACUGGGAGAACCUCUAUCACCAGGUCAGUAAGGAUACCUGGGAAAUGGUCACCUUUAUUUCAAACAAUCUCCUCUUUCAGGUCAUAGUCUGAAAGAUCAUGUGUCCAUCCAUCCCUCCCCAGACUCUGCGGUCAGCGGGAAAGACCUACAUGGUGUUCUUCGUGGUGGUCAUCUUCCUGGGGUCCUUCUACCUGGUUAACCUGAUCCUGGCUGUGGUGGCCAUGGCCUACGAGGAACAGAACCAGGCCACUAUCCAGGAGGCCUGGCAGAAAGAGAGAGAGUUCCAGCUGGCCAUGGAGUGCCUCAAGAAGGAAGCGCAGGUAAGACAUAGAGUUUCAUGUCUUCAUUUUAUGGCUAAUGCUUUGGGAAUUUGGACUGUAGACAUAGAAUUGCAGAUUUCUUUAACUUCUACGGGAUCGGUGUCCCGUAUACGGGACGGUUGAGCUAACGUGCGCUAAUGUGAUUAGCAUGACUGUUGUAAGUCACAGCAAACUUUCCAGGACAUAGACAUGUCUUAUAUGUGCAGAAAGCUUAAAUUCUUGUUAAUCUAACUGCACUGUCCAAUUUACAGUAGCUAUUACAGUGAAAAAAUACCAUCCUAUUGUUUGAGGAGAGUGCACAACAACAAAAAAGUUAUCACAGCAACUGGUUUGAUACAUUUACCUCUGAAGGUAAAUAAUGCACUUACAUUCAGUAUUCUUGCUCUGAUUUGUCAUCAUGAGGGUCCCAGAGAUAAAAUAUAUCAUAGUUUUGUUUGAUGAAAUCAAUUUUUAUAUUCUAAUGUAGGAACUGGGUUCUACAGUUUGAACCCUUGCUGUCUCUGGCUCCACACCCACCCUGCCCGGCCAUCUAGAUGUGUGAAGUUAGUGUAUAAGCUAAUGAUCCAUCAUGUAUGACAUUCCUGGGAGUGUGUAAACUUACAUUUUGUAUUACCAUAUUAUUUUUGUAUGUUCUCUAUAGUUAUGUACUUGAAAAUGUAUCAAUUGACCAAUUUGGCACAUUUGGGCAGACUUGAUAGAAAAUAGUCCAGUAUUGCAAUGCUUCGCUGGAUAAAUCUGAAACUUUGCACACACACCGCUGCCAUUUAGUGGCCAAACUGCAAUAUUAUAUUGAGGCCUUUCUAUUACAUUUCAAAGAUGAUUAAAAAAAAUAAAAAAAUAAACAUGUUUUAUCUUUUACCAGAUCUAAUGUGUUACAUUAUUUUCACAUUUCCACAAACUUCAAAGUGUUUCCUUUCAAAUGGUAUCAAGAUUAUGCAUAUCCUUGCUUCAGGUCCUGAGCUACAGGCAGUUAGAUUUGGGUAUGUCAUUUUAGGCGAAAAUUUUAAAAAAGGGUCCGAUCUUUAAGAGGUUAAAUUGGUUAUCAGAUGCUGGUAUGGGACUUCUGUUAAAAUGGAAUGAGACAAUAUGCUGAAAAAGGACUAUAGCUAUUGGCCCUAGGAUUUUGUUUGAUAGGCUAACAUAGCCUUGUUAGACCUAAACGACUCAUGUUCGAAACCUGGUCAGUCACACAUGAAAAUGUAUUUCAUAGCAAAUCUAGGUAAAAAUUAUUGAACUAACGCUUUGCCUUCCAACGCUACUCAGAAAGCUCAAGACACAGAAUCAUUGAUGUCCCCGGAACUGUCCCCUGGCCUGGCUCUGCCUGACAACAAGGAGUUGCAGAGCAGGAGGAGAAGUCUAGAGGGGCUGGUGGAGGAGAUGGAGAAUGAGGGAGAUGUGGUGGAUGGAGAGGUGAAGACAUUAAAGGUGGAUACCGUGGAUGGGGGCAGGGUAAAUACAAACAUGCUGAAUCUGAAGUAUAAUUUCAGGUUUUGUAGAUAAGUAUGUAUUUUGGAAUAUAGAUCUUUCUACCCUACUAACAUCAACUUUCUGAAACUAUAGUGAUCAAAGCAAUCCUAAUUUGUGAAAGGAUUAUCUGAUUUCCAGUGUUUGAGUCAAAGACUUCCCUAUCAUAUAGCCCACUCAAACUUUUUCUCCACUCCCCCACCAGCCGACACACCCCCUCCUCAUCCGCACCAUCUCCACGCGCACUAGACGAGGAAGCAACGUCAGUAUCUUUAACUUCCGUCCCCGGAACAAAGACUCAGAGGGCGACUUCGCCGACGAUGAGUUCAGUGUCCAUGGGGACAAUGAGGGGACACACAGUCGUACUGGGUCCCUGGUGGUCCCGUGGAGCGCCAGGCGCAGACCCAGUACCUACAGCACAGGCAGCCGGGGUUCCCAGGUCUUCCUCAACAUCAAUGGGAAGCUGUUUGUGGCCAUGGACCAGAAC